GAGACCUCUGCAAGUGGAAAUCCACGACCCAGCAGCCGCCUCCUCGUGCGAAAAUUAAGAUUUUUCUUGUAGCCCGCAAUCGAAGUCAUCCAACACGGGUACAAUCGCAGCCGUCCAUUUAGAUAUCCAUGGUCAUAUUUUCCGUCGAGAACUUUUGUGCCAGUUCUUUCAACCUCCGACGCCCCCAUCAGUUCACCCACGCAUCAGUUCCUCCUCGCUCCCUCCGCCUGAUCACCACCUUCCCUCGGUCGCCUUCGUUGGGAGCUGUGUUCGGACAAAAGGAAAACAAAAUAAAAGUAAAUCAGUGCUGCCGUGCUUCCCGAUGAGGAGGGGCGGCCUCAAUCCCGACCUCAGGCUGUCUCUCCCGAGCCACGAGGCCUCCAUCAGCCAGUUCCUGACUCAGAGUGGAACGUUCAAGGACGGGGAUCUUCUCGUGAAUAAGGACGGGCUUCGGAUCCUCUCUCACAGCGAAGAAGACGGGCAAUCUCUCAUAAAGCCGAUAGUUAAUCAGUUGAGUUUAGAUGAUGUAGACACGGUUAAAGUGAUCGGGAAAGGUAGCGGUGGAAUUGUUCAGCUGGUCCGCCACAAAUGGACGGGCCAAUUUUUUGCUCUCAAGGUUAUAGAACUGAACAUUCAAGACAGCGUACGCAAGCAAAUUGCUCAGGAACUCAGGAUAAGCCUGUCGACCCAGUGCCCAUGCGUCGUUGCAUGCUACCAGUGCUUCUACUACAAUGGUGCCAUCUCUAUAGUGUUGGAGUACAUGGAUGGAGGCUCCCUUGGUGAUUUUUUGAACAGCGUGAAAACCAUUCCAGAGCCGUAUCUUGCGGCAAUCUGUAAGCAGGUUCUUCAAGGAUUGAUCUAUUUGCACCAUGAAAAGCGCAUCAUACACCGAGACCUGAAGCCGUCAAACAUUCUGAUCAAUCACAGAGGGGAGGUUAAGAUAUCUGACUUUGGUGUCAGUGCUAUAAUCGCAAGCUCGUCUGGUCAACGAGAUACCUUUAUCGGCACUUACAAUUACAUGUCUCCAGAACGAAUAGCUUCACAGACACAUGGCUACAUAAGUGAUAUUUGGAGCUUUGGUCUGGUUAUGUUGGAAUGCGCUACGGGCCAGUUUCCUUAUCCACGUUGUGAUAGUUUCUACGAGCUUUUGGAUAUGAUAGUCGAACAGCCACCGCCCUGUGCUCCUCCAGAACACUUCUCCGAGGAGUUUUGCUCAUUCAUUUCUGAAUGAGGACGCUACUAUUCUUCCUCUCACAUGGUGCAUUUGUGGAGCCAGAAACAUCCCUUCCUGAGCAUGUACGAUGACCUGCAAGUGGAUCUUGCUUCUUACUUCACCAUGUCCGGAUUGCCGCUCAGCCAGUUUUUGAAGGAAUGAGCUGUACGUGGAGUUUCUUUCCUACUCGAAGGCUGCUGCUGCUUUGUUUUCUUUUGCCCAAUUUUUGGGGGUUGUUUCCAGUGUUGUUGCAUGACGUGAUGAAUGAGAAGAAAACACAAAAAAAGCGCAGCAUCCUUGACUUGGUGAA